CCGGAGAAGUCCUGCUCGCCGCCAUGGCAUUAACAAUUCAAGCUGCCAAAUGAGCGGCGAAAAUCAUUUGGCCGAUUUCAAUUUCCGGCGCUUCGAAUCCAAUCCCGCUGCUGUGAGGAAAUCGCUUCGGGAGGAUGAAUCGGAGACUUCGACUCUGAUGGAGGUGGAUGGGGAGCUGAUGGAAGCCCCUGCUAAAGAGCAGAAAGUCGAACCAGAUGAAGAAACAGCUUUGGAACCUUACGUUGGAAUGGAAUUUGAUUCAGAAGAUGCUGCCCGAGAGUUCUACCUAGAGUAUGCGAAGCGCACAGGAUUCGUUGUCCGUGUCAUGCAACGCCGCCGAUCUGGCCUCGACGGUAGAACUCUAGCCCGUCGGUUUGGAUGCAACAAGCAAGGUUUCUCGCUGAAUCAAAGGGGAGCUAAUGGAUCCGAGAAGAAGCCUCGGCCCAGCGCACGGGAAGGCUGUAAUGCUACGAUUCUGGUGAAGAUGGAGAGGUCUGGGAAGUGGGUCGUCACAAGAUUCGUCAAAGAUCAUAACCAUCCUUUGGCUGCCGCAACAAAUGGAUUCGGCAUGACGGGGGACAAGGAUAAGAGAAUCGAAGAGCUAAGAUCAGAGAUCGAGCACCAGGACCGAUUAUGUGAGGGUUAUAGAGAACAGUUGCUUAGUUUCCUGAACAAUGUAGAGCAACAAAAUGAGGAACUAUCUUUGAAAGUUCUAGUUGUUGUCGAGAAUAUAAGGAAACUUGAAUCGGAAAUGCUGAUGCAUUCCCGCCACAGGUAGCUCCGUACCAUUCAAUUGAUAUGCCAUUUUUGCAUAAAAUGUGCGAAUCUCAAUUAUCUGUCCAA